CCUGUUAGGCAGUGACACUGACCACUUGCGUGAAGCUUUUCGGACAGCUAGCCAGUGUGAGAGAAGUCAGGCUGCUCUACCCACGGGGCCGGCUGGGUCACCGCCCCCGCGGCCCCAGUCCAGUCCGCCAUGGGGAACCACAUCACACUGGAAAGCAGUGAUGGUCCCUCGGCCCGGAGAAGACACUUGGCCCGGAGUGGUCCAUCGUCCCGGAGCGGUCCAUCGUCCCGGAGUGGUCCAUCGGUCCGGAGCGGUCCAUCGGCCCAGAGCGGUCCAUCGGCCUGGAGCGGUCCAUCGGCCCAGAGCGGUCCAUCGGUCCGGAGCGGUCCAUCGUCCCAGAGUGGUCCAUCGGCCCAGAGCGGUCCAUCGGCCCAGAACGGUCCAUCUGCCCAGAACGGUCCAUCGGUCCGGAGCGGUCCAUCGGUCCGGAACGGUCCAUCGGCCCAGAGUGGUACAUCGGCCCAGAGCGGUCCAUCGGCCCAGAGCGGUCCAUCAGCCCAGAGCGGUCCAUCGGCCCAGAGCGGUUCAUCGGCCCAGAGCGGUUCAUCGGCCCAGAGUGGCCCAUCGACCCUGAAACUUUCACCCGUAUACUCCAACUCGUCCCAAAGCUGCAGCCAGCAAAACUUGAAAGACAAUGGGAAAGCCGACCCCUGGGACACAGCUAUCGGCGCCGCCGCCACCGCCGCCGUUAUAGAAGAACAGAGACGCAUCUAUGAUGCGAUCCAAGCUGAACAGGCUCAGCGCAAAGCUAACGAGGCGGAGGCCAGAAGACUUCAACAGGCGGAAGCUUGCAACUGGCACCGAGUUGACAUAUUUGAACAGGUCGAGGUACGGCAAGCACCACAGCAGCAACUCUAUCCAAGAGUCCUAACGGCGCGCCCAUACGUUGCAGUCGCGCAUCCAGAAUCAACCAGAUUUGACUUUGGAAUGAGAAACAACCAGCAGAACUCGGAAGAAGGGCCCAGUCACACGACUGCAGAAGAGCGCGCAAAGAAAGAGCUUGAAGCUGCUCAAGAACAACAAAGACUGCGGCUUGAAGAUGAAUGUAGACAAAGAAAUCUAAGGACGCUACAAGAACGGCAGCGCCGCCAAUUUGCUGAGGUUGAAAGAGAGCGCGAGAGAUUGUUGAUUGAGAAUGCACGCAGAAGAAAAGAGGAAGAGGAGGAGCGCCGAAAGAAGGAAAAUGCUGAAAGAGAGCGAGAGAGAUUGUUGAUUGAGAAUGCACGCAGAAGAAAAGAGGAAGAGGAGGAGCGCCGAAAGAAGGAAAAUGCUGAAAGAGAGCGAGAGAGAUUGUUGAUUGAGAAUGCACGCAGAAGAAAAGAGGCAGAGGAGGAGCACCGAAAGAGGGAAAAUGCUGAAAAAGAGCGAGAGAGACUUGAAGAUCGACAACGGAGAGCUCAGCAAGAAGAAGAGCAACGUCGUGUCCUUGCAGAUGCCGAAAGAACACGAGAAAGAUUGCUGCUUGAAGAGCAGCAGUCAAUGGUGACAACGCAAGCAGCGUAUGUCCAGGAAGCGGCUCGCAAGUCUGACUCGCACGCAGAUCGAUCACCCCGGGAUGUGCCCGGACCCCGGGAUGUGCGCGGACCUCAGGAUGUACCCGAACCUACCGACGUGACGAUGCCGUCGGUCUGUCGUCGCCACAACUCGCGCCCCGGCGGCUGCAACGACAGCGACUGUCGACGCCUUCACGUCUGCCGUCUGUUUCUGGCCAACAUCUGCAGGCAUGGCGUGGGAUGUCGCAACGGCCACACGCUGACCACAGUGCACAACCAGACGGUUCUUGGCCUUCACAAUCUGGAGAAUGCCGAAGAGGUGGUAAACUUUCAGCGACUGCGGCGUGCUCUUCAACAUUCUGAUGAGCUGGAUGAGAGCGUGUACAUAAAGAACCUGGAGGUGUGCUACAGACACAGCUGGGGGCACUGCGAACAGCUCGACUGCAACAGAGUACACAUCUGCAGGCAGUUUGUAAUCGGCACGUGUGAGAGGCGGUACUGCAAGGCCGGUCACAAGCUGCACACUUCUCACAACAAAGGAGUGCUCACCAGACACCGUCUCACCCACCUGAGCGACCAGGAGCUCCUGAGGAUCCUCCGUGAGAGGGAGACAACACAGAGGACACGGAUGUUCUUCAGUGCCGGGGCAGCCAGCACGGCUCAAAACGGCGCCAUCCCCCGCUGGAAAUCCACUGGCGACCUCAGCAAGCCGAAAAAGCUCCGAGAGAAAAACAAAUCGAUCGACGACCUCAGCAAAUCCGAGGAGGUCGCAGAAUCAAAGCGCGAAGACACCGCAGGUGUUACACCUCUGUCUAGUGGUUUGUCUGAAGAGCUGCGGUGUCCCAUCUGUCUGGAGUUGUUCAACAGGCCCAUUGGUCUCGGAUGUGGCCACACGUUCUGUGAGAGGUGUCUGCGCCAGGCGCGGAGGAGCAGCGGGAACAAGUGUCCCAUGUGUAGAGCGACCAUCGAGUCGGCCAUUCGCUCUGUGACGCUCGAUAAUAUCAUCAGGAGCGUGACGGGCGCCGCACAGUGAAGGUUUAGGUGGGGAACUUCGUCAGAAACAUUUGAUAAAUCUGAGGAGGAUUAUCAACGUUAAAUUAUCCCGCAGAGUUUGUAAUUGACGCAAUUUUGGAUGAGGUAUGGUGGUCCCUCAUGAGCGUGUGAUUCUGCGCAUGGUUAGAUCCGUCAAUGAACAAAAGGAUGACAAGACUUCACUUCUCAGCUAGUAUUUGAUGGAUGGUGGACAGAAAGUAUGAAUGUACUUAUGUAGCAUUACCGUCAUGAGUGGUGGGGCGCUCAGUGAAACAUUGUCGAAAUUGUUAUAAGGAGACUCGACUAAAUUGAGAGGAUGCCAAAAUACAGUGGGCCAUACGUGCAGUAUGGUAGCUGUGUAUUGUGUAAGUGUAUUUGUGCGACAAAUGAUGUAUAUCUAUACCUAUGCUAAGCAUAUUCAAAUGAAUUCGUGAGCUGAGACUGCAUCAUCAAAUAUUCAAGGCAUAGCGAUACUUUUAUUCAAUGUGCAAUAAACGAAUUAAAAAGUGAA